AUGCUCUUAUCUUAUGGAGCGUCUGUCUGCUGUCUCCCACCCACACUGGCAGGGUGCGGGGUGCAUGCGUCUUUAAGGGUGUCAUUCCUCCCUUUGGCCGUGUGCCUACCACCCUCAGCCUUCGCAGCAGGGGAGAGGGAGCAGUGGGUACAGAAGGCCACUGACUGCGGCCUGCCAUCCUCGCCAACGUGGCAACCCUGGACCACACACCUCGUUGUGCCACAUGGCGCAACGGGUUAUGCCACUCUGCCAGCAGGUGGUGACACGCAAGGGCGUGCAGUGGUCUUGACAGCAUGGCUUGAUGCUGUAUCUUCCCUAAAGCCUCUCAGCGCACCCAUCCCGUCACCCACCGCCUACGCCCCUCGUCUCUGGAUGCCUGCUUCUGUCGCCCUGCGCCUUCCCUCUCCUCCUCCUCCUCCUCCUCCUCCUCCUCCUCCUGCUGCUGCUGCUACUGGCGUGCAAGGGAGUCAAUCAGGAGACAGAGAAGAGCCAGCGGGGGGUGAGGGGUUUUCUGGAAGGGAGAGGGGGGAGGGAGGAGCAGGGGAGGAGGAGGGAGAGGAGGUGGUGCUGGGUGUGGCGGAGGAUCGGCAGAGGGUGUUUAGUGAUGUGCUCUUUGUCUCUUGCACACGGGAUGAUGAGCACAGUACCACCCACCAGUGCUACUCUCUCUUAUCACUUCAUGUGGCGGCCAGGUUCAAACCAUCCCCCCAGCUGCCUCCCACCUCCCAGCCUCCUCUCGCUCCCUCCUCUGCUGCCUUGCUGCACAAAGUGAUAGCUGCUGCUCUCAAGGGGGCGAUUGGCAGCUGGGAGGAGGUGACUGCUGCUCCUGAAUGGCCCCGAGAGGUGGGGAAGGCAGCAGGGACGGCUGGGGACGGAGCAGGCAUUGAUUUGGACGAGGCUGAUACUGAUGGUUCCCACACCGACAGUGGCAAUGACAGCGACAGCACCACAGAGGAUGGCAAUGCUGCUGCUGCUGGCGGUGCUGCUGCUGCUGGUGGUGCUGCUGUUGCUGCUGCUGACAGCGAUGCCGGAACAGAAAACGAGUCUUCCCCAACCUUCCGCACGGCACCAAGCGCUGCAGAAGAGGUAGAGACAGAUGCAGUAGCAGCAGAAGGACAGGUAGGGGCGACGGUGGAAGUACAGGAAGUGUCCUCACAUGUUGUAGAGAGGCUGGCACCCCGUGUGGGGGAUGGUGGCGGUGAUGGUGGUGGUGGUGGUGGAAGUGCAGCAAAAGGAGGAGGAGGAGGAGGUGGUGGUGGUGGUGGUGGUGGUGGUGGUGGUGGUGGUGGUGGUGGUGGUGGUGGUGGUGGUGGUGGUGGUGGUGGUGGUGGUGGUGGUGGUGGUGGUGGUGGUGGUGGUGGUGGUGGUGGUGGUGGUGGUGGUGGUGGUGGUGGUGGUGGUGGUGGUGGUGGUGGUGGUGGUGGUGGUGGUGGUGGUGGUGGUGGUGGUGGUGGUGGUGGUGGUGGUGGGAAUGCCGGUUCGCUUCCACCUGACGUGAUUAACAAGGUGUGGGGGGCACCGCCAGGCAACACCCCUGGAAUCCUCGUACAAUACUCUCCCAAGCCAUACCGCGUAUCCGUUAGCAGCGUCAUGGCGUUCAUUAUGGAGUUCGUGGAGCACUUUAUCCGCGCGGGAAUGGAAGAUCCGCGCGAUCGGGACGAACGCGCCGCCGCUCGAAUCCGGCAAACCAAGGCCAAGUGUGAGGAGCUGAAGAGCAUGUGGGCGCACCCAGUGAAGGCGUAUGGGUACUGGGGUAGCGACAAGUUCAACCACAAGUACCUCAUGGACCUCAAACACAGCAACCUCUCCGGGCGGCAGGACCCCUAUGACAAGUCGCAAGGGGCCGCCAAAUCGCGGUCGAAGCAGCCCCGCGACGACAUUUGGUUGCGCGUGGAGUUCCCAGGGGAAGACCUAUCCGACGCGAUUCGCAUCCGAGGCGCCACGCUCGGCGCAAACCCGACGAUCCUAGACCUAAAAGAGCGACUCGCUGAGAGCAUUGCAUCGUCCGGCUCGGAAAGCAUACCCGUUCAUCGCGUCUUCGUGACGCUCCCGGCGGCGCCGGGCGCGGCGGGAAAUGCGGAGGAGGCCCGACAGCUGUCGGCGUCGGAUUCGCUGAACGAGCUUCCCGAGGGCGCGGGUGGGCCCAAGUGGCCGUUGAUCGCGAGGGUGCGAGGCCCAGCAGCAGCAGCAGCACCUGCAAAGCCUGUUCCAAAGAAGCCGCAGACUCUUUUCGAAAAGGGCUUGGUGGGAAAAGACGAGCCACCACAGAUCCGAAAUGCCAUGGACCUACGUGAGCUCUAUCCGGGAGGGGUGCUCCCCAGAUCAGGCGUCAAGGAUGAGAACUUUUUCAUCAAGCUGCUCAAAUUGGCACUGGUGUGUGCUCUGCUGGUGGGGAUAGCAGCAGCGGCCAUGUACCUGCUUGGGGAGGUGCUUCCUAAGUACUACAGUAAUGGGUACACUCGGCCGCCGUGGGCUCCGGAUAUGUCAGGAAUGCAUACAGAGUUGUGA